CCACAUUUCCUACAUGGUGUCCCCUCUCAGUCAGCCCUGCCUGCCCAGCGUCACUCUGCUGUCCCACUCUGGAAUAUUCACCGGCUCUCGCGCACUGAGCCAGCUGCACUAACUGCUAAUAUUAACAGUUGAGUCACAGAGCUGGGAAGAAGGGGUCAGGGGGGCUGGAGGGUUCUGGAAGCAUGGUAGUGACUAUAAAAGCAACUGGUUGAGUCAGGCCAGGCAUUAAAAGAAGCACACAGUGGCAAGAGCUGACUGAAAGAAGACCACUACAGGAGACUCUGCUGAGAGCCUUCAUCCUCUUUGAGCAACACAUCAUCACCGACAGAACUCUGAAGCACUAAGCAAGAUGUCUUCAGCUAAGGGUGUAUCAAUUGGCAUUGAUCUUGGCACCACCUAUUCUUGUGUUGGGGUUUUCCAGCAUGGAAAAGUGGAGAUCAUCGCCAACGACCAGGGAAACAGGACCACUCCCAGCUAUGUGGCCUUCACUGAAACAGAGAGGCUCAUUGGAGAUGCUGCCAAGAACCAGGUGGCCAUGAAUCCCACCAACACCGUCUUUGAUGCCAAACGGCUCAUCGGGAGAAAGUUCAACGACCAAGUUGUCCAGUCUGACAUGAAACUCUGGCCUUUCAAGGUGAACAGUGAUAACGGAAAACCAAAAGUCCAGGUGGAGUAUAAAGGGGAGACCAAGGCCUUCUUCCCGGAGGAGAUUUCCUCCAUGGUGCUGGUUAAGAUGAAGGAGAUUGCUGAGGCCUACCUGGGACAGACGGUGUCCAAUGCAGUCAUCACAGUUCCAGCUUAUUUCAAUGACUCCCAGAGGCAAGCCACCAAGGAUGCUGGUGUGAUCUCUGGACUGAAUGUUCUGAGGAUCAUCAACGAGCCCACAGCAGCAGCCAUUGCGUACGGCCUUGAUAAAGGCAAAAGAGGAGAGCAAAACGUGCUCAUCUUCGAUCUGGGUGGAGGUACCUUUGAUGUGUCCAUCCUAACUAUUGAGGACGGCAUCUUUGAGGUGAAAGCCACUGCAGGAGACACACACCUAGGAGGGGAGGACUUUGACAACAGGAUGGUAAACCACUUUUUAGAGGAAUUCAAAAGAAAACACAAGAAGGACAUCAGCCAGAAUAAGAGGGCAGUGAGGAGGCUGCGUACAGCAUGUGAAAGAGCGAAGAGGACCCUGUCCUCCAGCACACAGGCCAGCAUUGAGAUCGACUCUCUCUUCGAGGGUAUUGACUUCUAUACAUCUAUCUCAAGGGCUCGCUUUGAGGAGCUCAACGCAGAGCUUUUCAGGGGAACACUGGAACCAGUAGAGAAGGCUCUGCAAGAUGCCAAGCUGGAUAAGUCCAAGAUCCAUGAAAUUGUCCUUGUUGGGGGUUCCACGAGAAUCCCCAAAAUCCAAACGCUCCUGCAGGACUUCUUUAACGGCAGAGAACUGAACAAGAGCAUCAACCCUGAUGAAGCUGUGGCCUACGGUGCAGCAGUCCAGGCUGCUAUCCUCAUGGGAGAUACUUCAGAGAACGUCCAGGAUCUGCUGCUGCUGGAUGUGGCUCCUCUGUCUCUGGGCAUCGAAACCGCAGGUGGAGUAAUGACACCUCUGAUCAAACGAAACACCACGAUCCCCUCCAAGCAGACACAGAUCUUCUCAACAUAUUCAGAUAACCAGUCAGGUGUGCUGAUCCAGGUGUUUGAGGGUGAGAGAGCCAUGACUAAGGAUAACAACCUCCUGGGAAAGUUCGAGCUCAUAGGUAUCCCACCUGCUCCCAGAGGUGUACCCCAAGUGGAGGUCACUUUUGACAUUGAUGCAAAUGGCAUUCUGAACGUGUCUGCUGUGGACAAAAGCACGGGUAAAGAAAACAAAAUCACCAUCACCAACGACAAGGGUCGUCUGAGCAAGGAGGAGAUUGAUCGGAUGGUGGAAGACUCGGAUAAGUACAGGGCUGAGGACGACAUGCAGAGGGAGAAGAUCACAGCGAAGAACUCCCUGGAGUCAUACGCCUACCACAUGAAGAGCAGCGCUGAGGACGAGAGUCUGAAAGGAAAGAUUAGCGAGGAGGAUAAAAAGAUGGUGAUUGACAAGUGCAACCAGACAAUCUCCUGGCUGGAGAACAACCAGCUGGCGGAGAAAGACGAGUACGAGCAUCAGCAGAAGGAACUAGAGAAGGUGUGCAAGCCGAUUGUGACCAAGUUGUACCAGCAGGGAGCAGCACCAACUGGAAGCUGUGGCAGGCAGGCAGGAGGCAGCUCUCAGGGUCCUACUAUUGAAGAAGUGGACUAAAAUCAUGGAUGGCGUUUAAUAAACAGAGAUCAUAGCCGUUUCACUGUUGUUUGGUAGUAAAAUAGACAAAAACAUUUUAUUGUUUUUCUCAUAAUAUUACUUAAUAAAAAUGUUUUUGUUCAUAUGUAUUUAUGAUUUAUUUGAAUGCUAAAAAACUGUUGCACUUAAUAAAUCAACGCAUCACCUUUGCAGGUUAUCCAAGCAUAGCGUUUCCAACUUUUAAAAAAAACAGUGUGCC